AACACAUAAAACAAACCAUUUGUUUGUUAUUAUUAGUCAAUCAAUCAAUCAAAUUGACCGCACGUUUUGUGUCCACACAAUUAAAAACACCGUUUUUUUCUGGUGGACACAAACAAACAGUGAGAAUCGGGUCCUCUGACUGACCACACAAUUGCCGAGAUUGUUGACCAAACCAUAUCAUCCAUCAGCAGCUGAUCCAUCACUACUACCAACCAAUCAAUCAAUCAAUUCAAUUGUGUGGCCACUUAUAGACUUCAUAUAUAUAUCGCGGUGACUAUACCUGCAGGAGAUAUCAUAUAUAUGAAUUCAAUGGCAUCGUCGGGAGGCCACUAUUCACGGCCACUGCCGCCGCCUCCGCCGCAACCGCCGUCGUCAUCGUCGCCUAUGAUGGCCACCAAUGCUACGCACGUGAUGCGAAUAAUGCGCGAUUUGCGCGAGUUUUACAAAGAGAACAGUCAGGACAUGUACGCCGUGGCCGAAGACGACGACAUUACAAGAGUUCAUGCAUUGAUUUUGGGACCAAACGGUACGCCAUAUGAAAAGGGAUUUUUCUACUUUACGCUUAUCUAUCCGACUAACUAUCCGAUUAAGCCGCCAAUUGUUAAGCUGAUGACCACUGGCGAGGGUAAAGUCCGAUUCAAUCCCAAUUUGUAUGCUUGCGGUAAAGUUUGCCUAAGCAUUCUGGGCACCUGGUCGGGUCCGGCCUGGACAGCGGCUCAGACAUUGUUUACGACAUUGUUGUCCAUACAGUCUCUGAUGAACGAAAAGCCCUAUCAUAACGAACCCGGUUAUGAAGAGUUUAAAGGUCUGAAAAGUGUACGCUAUAGACGACGAUCGGAUGUCGACACUAAUGUCAAAAACUAUAACGAUAUGAUCUGUUACGAGACAUUGAGGAUAGCCAUCAUCGGUAUGAUGAAUACAGUGUCGGGUGAUUCAAGAAAUAUGCCCCAAUCACUACAGGACAUUAUGAUCUCAUUGUUCAAAUUGAACUACGAUUACUAUGAACGUACCAUCCGAUCGAGAUUACAGUCGAUGAACGGACAGCCGAUUGUCGAUCCGUUUCAUAGUCCCAGUCGACCGAAAACUUUCCAAUACUCGGAACUAUUGGAUCAGUUGUUGAAAUUAAAACAUCAGCAAAACAUUGGCACCGCAGCCGCAGCCGUAGAUCUGUCUCUAAAUAUUAUUACUGGCCAGUCGUCGUCAUCAUCAUCAUCAUCAUCAACAUCAAUGUCCAGCAGCAGCACUGGUAGCUCGUCAUCAGCGGCAGUGGCCACCAAUGCAGCCGACAUACGAACGGAUCCGCUAUCGAAAUCAUACUACGAAAUGGUUAACAAAAAAGUCGCGGAAGUACUAACCGAACCGCGACCCGAACCCGAUCCGCAGGACACUUGGGACGAACUCAUCGAUCAGCUUAACGACGAUCUGAACGACGAAGAUAACGAAUUCGAUGGCCUGGAGUACGAAUCAGAUGACGACAAUGACAACGAUAUAGACGAUGACGACAAUCACUCGUCGAUAUCCGAUUCGUCCACUGCUGACAACCAUCAGAGGGCCAAAGCUAUCAAAUUGGAUACUGAAGUACCCAAUGAUAAUCAUAAUCUACAGGACCUACUGAUGCCAUUACUAAGGAAUCCUAAUCAUGAUCUACAAGAGGUACCCAAUGAUGCCGGUGCUGCUGCUGCUGCUAGUGUUGGUGUAGGCGCUAGUAGUGGUGAUGGUUGUAGUAGUGAUGGUAGUACUACAGGUGCUGSUCAUCAUUAUCAACAUCACCACACGCACAAUGAAUCGUCCAAUUAGUUCG